AUAGUACCUUCGAGUGUAACAGAGGGCUGACAUAAAAACUACUUCACGCUCCAAAAGAUGAAAAAGUGAAAAUCCAUUGGCAAUUUGAUUACAAAAAUAAGUGAGACAAGCUCGCGCGGGGCCAUACACUCGUCGCUAGCAGCGUGGCGUACAAAUUAUGCUAAAAAGCAUCAACGCUGCCUUCAAAUAUGCAGAAAAUAAAUCCAACAACGCCAGCGCCAGCAGGAGCAUCGCUAGCGACAACAGCACUAGAUAGCGUCGCGACAAUUUCAAGUGCGACGCCAGCUUCAGCAUCCGGAUCCAAUGCAAGGAGCAAGAGCGGCGAGCGUGGCAACUCCAGUGGUCCAGCGUACGCCGCCUCAAAGCCGCAGCAGCAACAGCAGCAGCAGCAGCAACAGCAACAGGAAGAAACAACAUCGAGCUGCAAGCAACAGGAACUGCAGCAUGAGCAACCGAUUGCCAUACAUUAUCUGGCCAGCUUCCAUGAGAUCUGCGUGGUGACGGCCCUGCUGCCGCUAGUAACGCUCUUUACAUGCUUUGUGACCGCCUACAUAUUCCAGUACGACGAUGUACACGAGACACAUUGCCGGGUUUACAAUAUAAUUCCCUCGAUAAGUGCAAUUACUGGCGUUAGUCCGCAGCGUUAUUUCUGGCGCGCCAGCAUUGCGCUGCACAUCGGGCCGCGCAUACCCAUUGCCUUUGUCUACAAGAACUAUUAUCGCGCCCAGCUGGCGCGGCUUGCCCCGUCGCUGGUGCCAAAGACAAGCUGGUUAAUCUCAUUAAUUUUGGUGCUAAACUGCAUUGAGAUUGCGGCGUUGGGUGGAGUGACCUAUAUAUCGAAUCGCGAGAAUUAUCGUAAGCUAAACAUCAUUAUUUUUUCGGCUCGCAUUAACCUAUUAAUGGUCACUAUUAAAUUUACAGCCGUUCAUGAGAGGAUCUUUAUCACAUUUAUGGUUUGCUCGCUGUGCUACAUGCUGGCUACCAUUCAUCUGAAUGGUAUAUUGAAUGCACGCAAAACUCUAAACGCACAACAGAUUCAGUCCAUCAAAUGGAAGAAAAUACUCUUUGUUGUCUCCAUACUGAGCACCAUUGGUCUCUUGGUCUUCUUUGCCAAACAUCGUUUCUAUUGCCAUGAUUUGGCAUUCAGUUGGUUUGCAUUCUUUGAAUAUUUGAUUGCCAUUGCCAAUAUGCUGUUCCAUUUUACCAUUAUCUGGGACUUUCCAUCUCAGUUCAUGCUGAUUGUGCAGGGACCGCGUGAGAAUCUAACGCAGUAUUUGGCCGCUAAGCCUAAAAUUAACUAAGCCCAUAACUUUUAAUUUUCUUAAUUUAUAAAUUGUACACACACACUAACACAGACACAUAAUCGUAAUACCAUACGUAUAUAGAAUGUAUUGCACCUAUAUAGAAUGUCACUCUGACGAAACGUACAACUCAAUUGAAUUUCUUUUCUUGUGUCAUUAAUUCAAAACUAGCGCUUCCAUAACCAAAUGAAAUGAAUAUGAAAAUGUAAUAUUUUAUAUUGUUUCAAAAAGUUCCAAUUUGUCAGUUAAUUAAACCCGAUUAACGAUUUAUACGGCAUUAUGUUAACUAUACGUACAAAAUCCAAAAGUUCCACUUUUCGCCAUAAGUAAAUUAAACAUGUUGUAUUAAACAGUAUUGUGCGACAUAAAUCAACCGAGUUAUUUAAGAAAUACUUUAUCGAAUUCCACAAAAAACGUCAUCCAAAUAAAGCAUGUGAACCUGUA